AUGUCCCUGCCCCGCCAACGGACAUCUGCAACUAGUACAGGGCUUUGGGUACAGGGCUUUGGGCCGUGCCGGUCGCCGAAGCUGCCCCAUCACCGGCCACUAUCACUGUUAGCCAAGGAGGAGACCGCACCCAGCAGCUCCAUCCGCACCUGGCCCGCCCACCCACGGAAGCCCAGACCUAGGCCCACCCGCCCAGAUCUGAGCCCGCCGCCGCCACCCCUGGCCACGGCCGCCCCGGCAUCAAGGUCGCACCAGCACCAGUGGCCGGGCCGCCGUGCCGCGCCGCCACCAAGCCGGGCUCCGGCAGCACACCCCGCGCCGGCCGGAGGGGAGGGGCGCCAACGCCAGUGCAGGCCGCCCCAUGAGGCCAGCAGCAGCGCGCACCGAGAAGAGCCAAUGCCGGCGGCGACAGCGGGGAGGGACGGGGGAGGAGGAUGGGUCGCGCAGAGCGACUACGGGGGGAGCCAGGAGGGUGAUGCCCCAAAGCCAGGAAUGUUCCAAACUCCUUGA